ACCAGGCUGCUGACUACCAAGAUGGACUAUGCCAAGAAGUCACUAGGCCUGCUGUCCCCAAGGUCCCUCUCCAGGUGUGUUUCUGUCAGUGCCUCCAUGACACAGCAGCUGCUGUCCAGUCCUGUCCCCAGGGCCCGGCCCUAUCGCAUCUGCAACUGGGACCGUAGCAUCCGCAAGGGCCUUGUGGCAGAGAGCCUGAGGGACCUGCUUGACAAGGUCCGUACCAUGUUGCUGAUGGUGGGCACCAUUUCACUCGUCCUGGAUGAGGAUGGCACCAGUGUGGAGACAGAGGAGUUCUUCCAGACACUGGAGGAGGGCACUGUGUUCAUGGUACUAGGCAGCGGGCAGACAUGGCAUGCAGCCAAGAUGGCAGGGUACCAGCUGUCUCUCUCCCGCAAGCCCCGCCGGAGGAUUGAUGUGGCGUGUGUGACUUUUGACCUAUACAAGACCAACCCCCAGGACUUGGGCUGCUUGAAUGUCAAGGCCACGCUCUAUGGCACAUACAGCAUGUCCUAUGACCUGCAGUGCUAUGGGGCAAAGAGGCUCAUGAAGGAAGCCCUGCGCUGGACUCUCUUCACCAUGCAGGCCACAGGCCAUGUGCUGCUCGGCACCUCCUGCUACAUGCACCAGCUGCUGGAUGCUACAGAGGAACAGAAAGAAGAAGAGGCCUCAUCUCUGAGGCGCCUUCAGACCCUUCACUGCAGGAAGAUGCUUCAGUAAGGCCUCUGCCCUUGCAACUGCCUGAACUCUACUGUGACCUCUCCCACUGCCGCAUCUGCCCAGGAGCAGGAGGUGGAGAGUGGGAGUGUCAGCACUACACUGGCUAGGAGGGCCCAGCUCCCCAGGGCAGGUUCCCUUGGGCUCUUGCAUUCCUUGCUCUUUGCCUUCUGCCUAGGGGUGAAGGCC